CACUAUCAGCACUUCCCAAUAAUUGUUAAACUUCUGCUCAUGUAAGCCCUAGGCACUAUAUGUCUCAUUCCUCAAUCUGGUCCCACUUUUCAUGCCAUCACCUUCCUAUAAAUUCAAUCCAUUUCUCAUACACCAUUCUUCAGUUCUCUUAUCAUAUCAAACUCUUAGCAUAUUAAUUAAUUUCCAACAAUACCCUCAAAGUCUAAUAAAAUUCUAGCCAUGGUUCCUAGUGAGAUCAGAGGAGUCAAUUAUCUAACUCCUCCUGAGAAUUCAUUCCAAGUUCAACCAAACUUUGUCUUACCACAGAAUGAAAUUCCAAAUUACCAUAUAAAUAAUCUUUUAGGCAGCUUACCAAACUUCCAUUACCCAUCAUGUUUAAGCAGCAACUCAACUACUUCUGAUGAAGCAGAUGAACUUCAGUUUAACAUCAUCGAUGAAAGGAAGCACCGACGAAUGAUAUCAAACAGAGAAUCAGCUAGGAGAUCAAGGAUGAGGAAACAAAAACACUUGGAUGAACUUUGGUCACAAGUGAUGAAACUCAGAACUGAAAAUCACAACCUUGUUGACAAACUAAACCAUGUGUCUGAGUCACAUGACACAGUUGUUCAAGAGAAUGCACGACUUAAAGAAGAAACUUUUGAUCUUCGUCAAAUGGUAGCUGACAUGCAAAUUGGUAACUCUUUUCCUUGCAACAUGGAAGAUUUAUGUGAAAUUCCAUGCAACACAUCUCAACACAAAGAUGAUUCCUCUAAAAUUCAUGAUUGAGAAUGAGAUGAGACUAUUUUCUAGUUUCCAUUAUAAAGAUAUAAAUUACUCUAUGUUCCUUCUUUUUAACUUUCUAUGAUCCAUCCACCUGCUAUAUUUUACUUGUCCAUAUUCAUUGGACAAGUAUGAGUUUUAGAAGCAUAUAUAUAAAUAAAAGCUUUAAUUAGAUGUUGAUGUUCAUUACUUGACCUUAGGGGGGCGGAUAUAGACAUUUGAUGUUGGUGUGGCUAAAAUUUCAACCUCAAACUUUUUAGAAGCUUCCUUAUCUAACUUCUCUAUCACAACCUGUAAACUUAUUCGCAAGCUCUCGGAACUAUAUACAUACUUCGGUUGAAAAACUACCUUAAUCAAGAAACCAAUCCAACUGAGCCUAACUCAAGAACUUACAUUCAAAAUAUAGAGUUAACGACGCCACUAUCUCACACAAGAUCAAAAACGAUAAUCUGGUGUGGCUACGGCCACACAUAGUCAUAUGGUGGAUCCGUCCCUGCUUGAUCUUAUUAUAGUAUCAACAAAUUUUUAAGCUAACGUCCAUUGUACAGAACAAAUAGAAAACUUUUGUCUUUUGUGGGCCCAAGGGAGAUAAGAGGAAUGAGGUAUGCACGUGCAAUAGUAAAACAAUGUAUCAUAUGUUUUGAAAGAACAUCCAAAAGGGUGUCCAUUGUUGAAAAGAGUAACUACUACAGGGCCAAUAUGACAAAUGAUGGUGGAGGUUCUGGUGAUAGUGAUAGUGGAUACCUCAAGUAGCAAAACAUAUAAUGAAUCAAAAGGGUAUCCACUAAAAACAUUGUGGACGAGGUUUUUUAUGGUCUUCUCUGCAUACCCCCCAUCUUUCAUUCAUAAAAAACUUGAUAAUAUCAUCAAGUGGUGCAGGUGUCGCUUGAAAUCACAAU